AUGCCCUCUCCAGGACUUGCGACUACCGCUCAGAAGCCUCUACCUUCAACACCCAAUGACGAAGCUACGCGGGCUGGCUCAUUUCGUCGCAUCUUCCGUCGCCGCUUCUCUGAACCUGGACGUCGACCCCAGAUACACAACGACUGGACGCUCACGGCGCCUCCUAUGAAGGGCAGCGCGCAUGUCAGCGCUCGUCUUGGGACGGAUGAUAACGAGCGCUGGCGUGAUUCCGAGUCUAUCGCUGCGCUCACGCUAGUCCCGGAAGACGGACCACAGGACGAGGAGAUUCUUCCUACGCCGGAAACUCCUGCCAGGGUCCGCAGCCUGCGUCGACGGCCACCGAUAAGCGUGCUCGACCAGAUCUCUUCCAUCAUCCCAGAGGCUUCGCCUAUGCUCACAGUACCUACGCAUAAACGACGCCAGCUUCAGGAGGACUCCGAUGAACUCAACAUCCGCUCUGGUGGUCUACACCUCAGCUUCCCUGUCAGCGAGAGCGGGGAUCUACCGCCAAAGACGCCGACCUCGCGACUGCGGCGCCUCAGUCGAACAAUAGCGCGUGCGGUGGCUGAUGCAGGCAUGAUUAGCCCACGUGCGAAGUCAGAUGGCAAUAGGGAUGCUUCUCCUGCGCCAGAAGGCAGAUCGCUAUAUAAAGGGACGUACGGCCAGGUGCGGAACGCAUUGCAUGCAGCAGGUCUAGUUGUCAAGAAAUGCGAAGAGGAAGGCUUCGAUGGCGGUCAGUACCUCACCAUCUUGCACCGAACCACAAGAUCUUGA